GCCACAACUUCAGCUGAGGAACUUGGCACGGCCAGCUUGGGACCCAGGACCCUAACGCAGAGGCGCUGUGUUUGGAAGUCCCGCUAUCACGGCCCCCCAGAUGGGGCCUGGACGAUGCCUCCUGACGGCCUUGCUGCUUCUGGCCCUGGAGCCACCGCCGGAAGCCUCCCAGUACUGCGGCCGCCUUGAAUACUGGAACCCAGACAACAAGUGCUGCAGCAGCUGCCUGCAGCGCUUCGGGCCGCCCCCCUGCCCGGACUAUGAGUUCCGGGAAAACUGCGGACUCAAUGACCACGGCGAUUUCGUAACGCCCCCGUUCCGAGAGUGUUCUUCUGGGCAGUGCAACCCCGACGGCGCGGAGCUAUGUAGCCCCUGCGGCGGCGGAGCCGUGACCCCCACUCCCGCCGCGGGCGGGGGCAGAACCCCGUGGCGCUGCAGAGAGAGGCCGGUCCCUGCCAAGGGGCACUGCCCCCUCACACCUGGAAACCCAGGCGCCCCUAGCUUCCAGGAGCGCAGCUCACCAGCAAGUUCCAUUGCCUGGAGGACCCCUGAGCCUGUCCCUCAGCAGGCCUUGCCGAAUUUCCUUCCGCUCUUGGUGCUGGUCCUGCUCCUGACCUUGGCGGUGACAGCGAUCCUCCUGUUUAUUCUGCUCUGGCACCUCUGCCGGCCCAAGGAGAAAGCCGACCCCUAUCCCUAUCCUGGCUUGGUCUGCGGAGUCCCCAACACCCACACCCCUUCCUCCUCGCAUCUGUCCUCCCCAGGCGCCCUGGAGACAGGCGACACAUGGAAGGAGGCCUCUCUACUUCCACUCCUGAGCAGGGAACUGCCCAGUCUGGCGUCACAGCCCCUGUCUCGCCUCCUGGAUGAGCUGGAGGUGCUGGAAGAGCUGAUUGUACUGCUGGACCCUGAGCCUGGGCCAGGUGGGGGCAUGGCGCAUGGCACUACUCGACACCUGGCCGCCAGAUAUGGGCUGCCUGCUGCCUGGUCCACCUUUGCCUAUUCGCUGAGGCCGAGUCGCUCGCCGCUGCGGGCUCUGAUUGAGAUGGUGGUGGCAAGGGAGCCCUCUGCCUCUCUGGGCCAGCUUGGCACACACCUCGCCCAGCUAGGGCGGGCAGACGCAUUGCGGGUGCUGUCCAAGCUUGGCUCAUCUGGGGUUUGCUGGGCUUAACACUCAAUAAAGAACUUUGCUGACUACUAAGCCCAGUAUACAAUUAGCACUGAAGUACUUCUUGAAGUACAAUCCUAAUUGGGCAAAGACCCAACAGAUAUCCUCACUGCUCUUCGCCCUAGAAGGGCCUAUUCCAACAUACACACAGGGCCACAUGUGGGACGGCUGACCCCAGGUGCCUCUGGGCCACCAGAAUCCCCUCUGGGAAACAACCCUGCUACAGACAUUUGCUGUGUUGUGUUGUUCUGAAGCCAUAACAGACCCCACGACUGACUUCUAAUUCUGAAUGAUGGCCUCACCUACCUGAUGAGGCUAAUGAACUUCCUUGGGUCAUGAUGGGUGGGUGUGUAGAAGUGGGGUUCCUACCUGCCCCCAUAGCCUACAAAUGGGAAUACCACCUCUCCAAACAUUGACAGACUUUAUUGUGGGGGGGUUCCCACCUGGGACCCCACCUCUUAAAUAAAAAAGUGCAUAGAAAA